GAACCCCCAGAGCCCGGAGCUCAGGAGGUAUUGUCCGUCACCCUGAGGCUUUGUAACGUCGUCGCCUGCUCACCUGGCCGCGGGCGCGUUCUGGCCGUCGCAGCCCGGAGCGGGGUGCCAGCCGCCGCCGCCGCCAUGGUGUCCCCGGUCACUGUGGUGAAGAGUGAGGGACCCAAAUUGGUGCCCUUCUUCAAGGCCACCUGCGUGUAUUUUGUGCUCUGGCUGCCCUCGUCCAGCCCAUCGUGGGUCAGUGCCCUCAUCAAGUGCCUGCCUGUCUUCUGCCUCUGGCUCUUCCUUCUGGCCCAUGGCCUAGGAUUCCUGCUGGCCCACCCCAGUGCCACCCGCAUCUUUGUGGGGCUUGUCUUCUCUGCUGUAGGUGAUGCCUUCCUCAUCUGGCAGGAUCAAGGAUACUUUGUGCAUGGUCUGCUGAUGUUUGCUGUGGCCCACAUGUUCUACGCCUCAGCCUUUGGCAUGCAGCCAUUGGAUCUUCGGACAGGUCUGGUGAUGGCAGUGGCAUCGUGCCUGUGCUAUGCCCUCCUCUACCCAGGCCUUUCAGGUGCCUUCACUUACCUGGUGGGUGUCUAUGUGGCCCUUAUCGGCUUCAUGGGCUGGCGAGCUAUGGCAGGGCUGCGGCUGGAUGGGGCAGCCUGGCGUUGGACUGAGCUGGCGGCUGGCAGUGGUGCAGUGCUCUUUAUCAUCUCAGACCUGACCAUUGCCCUCAACAAAUUCUGCUUUCCCGUGCCCUACUCACGGGCUCUCAUCAUGUCCACUUACUAUGCUGCCCAGAUGCUCAUCGCCCUGUCAGCUGUCGAGAGCCGGGAUCCCGUGGAAGACUAUAGACUGAGCAAGGCCAACUGAGGUGCCAAGGUCUGGUCACCCCUCUUUCCUCCUGGGGCUGGGGUCCAGACCCUGGGAACCUGUAGGAGCUGGAUCAGGAUGGCUGCAGUGCCAGCCUGGGGCACAGGUACCUCGUGGGGGAAUUUACAAGUUUGAGGGGGUAAGAAGGAAAAGGAUCUCCUUAGCAAAGCUAGCAGUCCAGGACAAUGCUGUGAGCUAAAAGAGCCAGCCUAAUCCCUUGCUGGAGUAGGCAUUUCCCCACUUCUACCCCAUAAGGACUGUGAAAGCCCCCUUGGAGGGUGAUGGUGCUCAGCUUCUUGACAUCCCCCCUUCCCUUAUUAGGUGGAAGAAUCUGACUCUAUCUCAUAUGUCUAGGACCAAUGGCAGUGCUGGACUCACCCACUCCCACUGCUGAUCUAUACAGAGUUUACAGAAGAGAGAGGAGAAAUCUAUACUGAUACGGCCCAGCCUUGGGGUUUGAAGUCCUCACAGGCCCCUGGUUGGGAAGAUUGGACUAGAGUCAAAGUCACCGUUUCCUUCUUCUGUCCUUGUUACUUGAACAAUCUUAAUCUUUAAGUGGUGGGUGGGAAGGUGAAGGGGUAUCUGUCCAGGCUAGGCAGAAAAGGAAACUUCUUUGGUCGGGGAGCUAGGGGUACCAAAGGAUUCAAGUUGGCCCCAUCUCUCAUAGGCCAGUCCAAAACUCAGGCCUCAUACUACUACCCUGAGACCCUGUCCCCAGGGCUAGGGUGAAUCAUGCCAAAGGAAGGGGCCAGCCUGUGUGUGUCUGUGUGUCUCUUGCGUGUUAGUGUGUGUAUAGUCUGUCUCCCAGCCUGCCUAUGUCUUUCUCUGCUGUAUGUCUUUGUCCUGCUGUCAAAGUCUCAAAGGGAGAGGGCCUUAGGGAGCUGCUGAGGGGGUGCUGAGUCUGGCUCAGAGAGCUGGAACCCCUCCCCCUAACAUACAUACUCCCAAUGCUUUCCUCCCUGCCCCUCCUGCAAGGAGCAAGAAGAAGGGGCUGUAAGGACACUCUGGGGUCAUAAGACCCAAGGCACAUUCAAUGCAAAGGGAGCAAGGGUGGGAAAACUCCAUUCUAUACUGCUCCUGUGAAAAAAAUAAAAAUAAAAACCGAGGGCC